GCUCUCCCACUUCCGGAAGAACUGGUACCUCUGGGCGGUGCUCUUCUAUGCAACCAACAUGAAGAGUUUCGUGAACGAUUUGGAGGGGUCCUUCGCGAGGUCGCUGGCAGUCUGCGCGGUCCGCUGCGAGCCGGGCGUGUAUUCUGGAUCGAAGUGGUGCGGCGACAGGUCCGCCGUUCUGGAAGCUGGCGCUCAGCUGUCUGCCUACGGCGUCGGCGUCGAGGACCUCGCCACGAAGUGUGCCUUGUUCGUCUUCUUCCUGGUGUCAGGCGUCUGGGGCCCACGCCCCUGCCUGCUGAUCGGGUUCUUUGCCAUCGGGGCCUCCUGCGCCCUCUUCGCCCUCGCCGGCAGCCUGCCCGAGCGGGGCGCGGAGCUGUACGUCGCGGCCCAGUGCGUGCAAGGUCUGAAUCCCGCGUUCUACCUCCAGUCGCUCGUGACGAUGUACAUCUGCUGCCAGCCGGACGGCGAUUGGCGGAUCAACACCGAGCUCGGGAUGGCCAUGAUGCUGCUGAGCAUCCGUGUGCGGCGCUUCACGCACAUUUUCCUGGAGGCGCUCGAGCUCGUGGACUUCAGGGCGGUCUGGUGGUCCAUCUCGCUGCUGAAUAUGGCGGUCCUGACGCUGACGCGCAGGCAGUUCCCCUCGAUCACCCUUGUGUCUCGGCAUAUUCCUGAUGGCUCGGUGUUCUGGAAGCUGGCCUGUGAGGCUUGGUCAUAUAGAUCGGUCGUGCUCGACUGGAGGCUGAGGCGCUAUGUUUUCAGGGACUUCUUGGACGGCUUCUGCCAUCCCAUCCGUUACUACAUGGACCUGCAGAUGAUACAACACCAUGGUUGGUCAGAACCUGGUGUGGGAGCCGUUUUAUUCUUCGCGGGUUACACGAAGCUCUUUGCGACACCCCUGUAUUGGAAGGGCGUCGAAUGGUAUGGCCACUACAACACGUAUAUGUUUGUGUUUCGAGCCAUUCAUUUUCUUUGGAUGUUCGGUUACCUUUUGGGACCUUUGUCAGACAAGUCAACAAUCAUUGUCCACUACCUGCUCGCACUGAUGGAAGGUGGCUAUGGAGCUGAGAAGCAUUUUUUGGACGCGAGGUUCGCAGACUGGGAUGGCCUCCUACGAGCAGGUAACGUGGUCUGGAUAAUGUUCUUGUUUCAGGCAAGCUGGAGCUUCCCGCUUUAUGACGCGCUAUUCCACUCGGCCACACCAGCCUAUUGGAGUCGCGCUCGAUUUAUCUUCCUCCACAGCGGGAUCUGCAUCGCGAGAUACCUGUACUACCUGCACGCCUUUUUCAACGUCGACGGCGUCCGUGGCUUCGGCGUCACCCUGCAGGCGCUCGACUCGGCGAAGGCGAAGGUUGCGAGCCUGUGGCGCGAGCUGGCCGGGGCGGAGGGCAUCAUCGACGCGGUGAAGUACGAACUCUGCGAGCUCGACAAGCACAUCGACCUCCUCUUCGCCGCCGCCGGCGGCCCCUUCAAGGACCAGGGGCAGCUCCAGGCGGCCACCCUCGGCCUGCUGGGCACGCCGGAGAGGGACCAGGAGGCGCUCCGCAGGCUCGACGCUGCGCUCGAGUGCGCCCGCAGGGUGCCCGCGCUGCUGGCCAGCUGCUCGGCGGCCCUCGGCGAGGCGCAGGCCGCGCACUGGUGGUGGCCACGAGCCCAGGCGCCUGAGCUGGUCCAGGCUGGCGCCCCGACCGGGCACGAGGAGUGGAGUUCCCGCCCAGCGCUGCGGGCGGCGCGCCUGAGGCGGCCCCACGGCGUGAGCCGCCCCGAGCUUGAGGGCAUCUGGCUGCCAGCCUGGAAGGACAGCUGGACCUUUCCCGACCAGGCGUUCAGCGAGAGGACGGCGCGGCAGUUCGACCGCUUCGGGAGGGCAACGUUCUUCUACGGCCCCGCCGGGGAGUACGGCACCAUUUCGGCAGCCAGGUUCUCGGAGGAUGGCCACUACGCCCUCAGCAUGCAAGUGAGGGGCGGGCACUACGCGGAGGGCGCCCAGCUGGACGACAUGGUCAUGCGGCUGCAGCCAGACGGCUCCAUGACCGUCGUCUCGUCUGGGGACGGCUCCGCGGCGGUCCCUCCGGUCUUCGAGUACUGGGAGCGGAGCGAGCAGUUGGCAGACACCGGGGCCGACGCCGAUUUCCUCUUCGCGCCGGUGCCCGACAGCCCCCUGGAUACCCCAGAGGGCAGCGACGCUGGGGGGGACGCCCCCGUGGACCUGCCGGAGGGGCCGUCGCCGGGCGGGCUGCGGCGGCGUCUCGUGCGCGCUGGGGAGCGGCUCACCCCCUUGCAGCUGGGCGAGGCGGGAGAUGCGGCUUCCGCAGCAGGCACCGAGCUGGAGCCGAACGGCGUCAAGCAUCACCCGCAGCGCGCCGUUCAUGGGCCGCAAGAGGCCGCUCCGGAGCUGGAGGGACCGUGGUUCCCCGCGCGCACCGACGCCUGGUCGCGGCCGCACCAGGAGGCAGCUGCAGCUGCUGUCAGCGCGGGCAUUGUUGCCAUGAUGUCGGAUGAUUCUACCCCCGCCUUAGCGGAGGGAGAUGUGGAUGCAGCCGAGAUCCUCGGCCAGCAACGCGAGGAGGAAGGAGCGGCGCUGCUGCCUCCUGGGCCGGCGGAUAUGCUGGGAGUUAAGCCAACCUUGCUCGAGAUGUUGCUCGGCGCCUUCAGCGACCUCCACCUGGAGAUAAACUGGAACAAGGGCAAGACCGAAGGCGGCAAGCAGACGGCAGCCUGGUCGCAGUCUGCGAUGACGGCGUACGCGCCCAUCUCCCGCAAGGUCUUCGGCUCGCCGUUGAUGGACGACAAGUACAAGAUUGCAUUCCUGCGCAGCCUCGUCUUUUCCCGCCUCACCUUCAACCUUCACGUCUGCACCCUGACCAUCAAGGCGAUUCGACGCCUGUCUGGGGUCUACAUGCGAGUGCUUCGACGUAUUGCAGGAGACCCUCAUUUCUCUAAGGUGGUGGCGCUGUCUGACCGGGAGGUCAGGGAGAAGCUUGGGCAGCCUUCGCUCGAUUGCAUCUUGAUGGUUGCACGCUUGCGGUUCUUCGGCAGGCUGAUCCGGAACCAGCCAGCGCACCUCCUCGCCUUGCUGCAGGCUGGCGCUGGGGAGCCAGAGUUACCGUGGCUAGCGACAAUCCGGGCUGACGUGGAGAGGGUGCGCUCGCUUGGCCUUGUGCCUGGUGCGCCUUCCUUGCGGCAUGGUGCGCAGGCCUGGCUUGGCCUGUUGAGCGACGCCGCCAAGUGGGCCCAGAUCCUCGACAAGGUUUGCUUUCACGAGUCCUGCCUGGACAGGGCCGCUUCGCCAGAGCACUCGGAGCCAGGAGUCGAGAGGGAGAAGAUCGAUCACCGACCCGCAAGAUGA